CCGGCAUAUGUUCCAGGCACUACGAGAUGGCACAUUGCAAUUGUAGCGGUGUUCUUCAUUUUUAUUUUUAGUUCAGUUAUACAAAUAAGAUGUUUUUCUCACUGUUCAGUGUUAUCAACAUUUGAAACUAUUUUUGUACAUUAUUAUCUUCUUUGAUUUCUAAUCCUAUGCAGCUUUGCAAGGACUAGUAGGGAAUGUAUAGAGCCCAUGCGAGUUAAACCCUUAAUAAAGAGCAAUUUGCAAGUACAAUUCUCUCAUUAUUUUUUUUUAUCGAUACUUCUGCAUAUUCAGUGAAAUCUAAAGAUUAGAGUUUUAUGAAUAAUUCAGUGUUUAGGCUGAUGUCUGAUUCAUGUACUUCAGAUCUGGGAGGUGGUUUUGGAGGGAAGAGGAGGAAGGAUUCAGUGUUUAUUUGCUGUCCAUGAGGCUGUGUCCCACAUGAAUGUGGUGAUGCCUCUGUCCCCACACUGUGCCACCUGGCUGCUGCUGGUGGUGCUAGGGGCAAGCAAGGGUUUGGGACCCUCCUGCCAGCUCAGCCAGGUGCCAGAGGCAUCACAGAGCUACCAGAGAGGUGAUGGAUGGAUCCAGAAUGAGGAAAUGUACCCAAACCUUCUGUGGUGUCAGCCCCAGCAGCUCUCCUGUGCCCCCACUGUCCCCUUCCUGGGGAAUUCAGAAAUGGACUGGAAAUUAAGCAAUAAAAAGGCUGGUGCUGGUAUGGGGGGGAGGAGGGCGUUGGUGUUUUACUCAGGUUCUCCCCACAAGCACAGGUGCCUGCACGGAGGGGUCAUGGAAGUGACGUCGCUGCCCAUGUCCAGGGCUGGGAGUCCUCUUCCCCGAACACAGGAUUCCGUGGGUGGGGGAAAACUUUGUCCUGCCUGUGGCAGCUGGGGGGAGAAUUGCUUCUCCUGCCUCUGCUGGCUAACCAAGCAGCUCUUCCUUCUCCUCCUCUCACCAGUGCUCCCCCCUCCCCACUAUCAGAGCCCCAUUUCCUAGUGAGGCACACUUGGUAAGGGAGACAGCACGUCCCACCUUCACGCUGGCAAUGGGUCUGUGUGGGCUCCAUGCUCUGGGCUGGUUCCCUGUGCACCCCACAGCAAGUACUGUCAGUAAGCUGCAAUCCCAGCACCCCAACAAGCACCUAGCAGCAGGUAGACACCUUUUGUCUGCCUGUUCAGGGCAAUCAUCCUGCAAAGCCCCCAUGUUUCAUCCUUCUCCAAACCUUCUGCUUAGGUGUGCCCCUUCUCCCUGCAGCUCCUCACAAAGCUUUGGCAAAGGGCCUUCAACUUCCAGACCCUGGCUUCCACCAGGGCUUCCAUCAUAGCAAUUAGCAGCUGCCAACCAGCACCUGCAGCCAGCCUGCUCAUCAGAUAAAUUGGAUGAAGGUGAGCUGGGUGUGGUAGUAGGAUUUGUGGUGCCGUGGGUAGAGCUGCCUGUGACUGCUUGGAUUUGUGUACUGUCAUGGAGCCUCAACUGGCAGCCAAAGCUGCUGGCGUAGCCCAGCGCUAUCAGGCCCAGCACCCUCCAACCCUGCACAUGGUCAAGGAGGCGCUGCGGGCCCACGACGAGAAGAAAGGUGCCUCUGUUGUUGCCAUCAAGCGUUUCAUCCUGGCCAAGUACCCCACGGUGGACCCCAUCCGCCUCAAGUACCUGCUGAAGCAGGCGCUGAGCAAGGGGCUGAGCUGCGGGGACCUGGUGCGGCCCCACAACUCCUCUGCUGUGGGGGCCACUGGCACCUUCAAGCUAGCACACAAGAAACCACAGCACAAGCAGCAGCUGGGCCAGGCAGAUCCUGACGGAGGACAGGCCCCAAAGCCAGGACAGAAAGGGACCACCAAGGCCCUCCAGGCCCCCGUGGCAGGAGCACGACAGAGAGGUGCCACCAAGCAGCAGCCAAAAGCCACCAAGCAGCAGCCAAAGGCAAAGCCUGUGGACGCCCAGGCAGGAGCAGCAGGGAAGCCCAGGAGCAAGAGAGCAAAGCAACCCCAAACUGCUGACCAGCCCCGGGCUCAUGGCACGGGGCGUGCAGGGCCCCCAAAAGCUGCCAGCCACCGCCAGGCCCCCUCAAAAGGGCGCUCAGGACCCAGCACAGCUCAGGCUGCUGAGAAUACAGGAGACAGCGACAGCGACAGUUCUGGAAGUGCUGAGCUGAAAGGGCCCCAAAAGGCCCCCAGGGGAAAGAGCAAGGUGAAGGUGCCCAAGAGGGCACAGCAGGAUGCCCCCAAGGCCCAGAGAGGUCAAGGUCAGGCAAAGAAGGCCCAGGUGACUCCAGGAGCUGGGCAGGGGAAGGCCAGGCUAAAGAAGGCAGCCCCCGUGGCAGGAGACAGAAAGGCUCCAUAGGGAGCUUAGCCCUGCUUCAGCUGGCCCCAGGCCCUUGGGGUCUGGGCUGGUUUCAAUCCCUGGGACAGGUUUUAACUCUGUGUUCACCUCAUCCUAAUAAAGCUUCUUGACUUGUCUCAUGGAAUGGCAUGGCUGUUGUGGGUCCUGUCCUUGUGCUUCCAUCUCUCAGUGCCAAAAUCCCUCAGCCCUGUCCUCAACCUGCAGGGAACGGUGGUGAGCUGAUGCUGCAGGCGGCUGCCUUGCUGCCUGCCCUCGGGGAGAGGUGCUCUCUCUGUCCCCAUGUGUCCCCAGUUGUGCUGCCAAGGGGCCGCUGGGUUUGGGGGUUUGGCUGACAGUGUGCCAGGGGAUGGGCAGGGACCUUGAGACCCACGGGACACAGCCUGGGGACAUCCCCAGGAAGAGAGCAGAUCAGGCUUGGCCGGUGCAGAACCACGGCGCCCACGGCGCUGAACUGCCCGCUCCGGGAGGGAAUGGCGCUGGCACUGCCAGCCCCGGGAGGGAAUGGCGCUGGAAUGCCGGCUCCGGGAGGGAAUGGCGCUGCCGGCUCCGGGAGGGAAUGGCGCUGCCGGCUCCG